CAACGAAACCUCUUCCAAAGCUUUGAGGUCAGUCUUUGAUGAUAGUUCGGUAGAAGGACGAUAUCACUGGGCAAUCAAGAUGGCGAUGAAACAGAAGAAGAAGCGAAAGGAAAAGAAGAAGGAGAAGGAAUGUGAGAAAGAGAAAGAAAUCAGCACAUUGAAUGAUGCCAAUGGUACUGGAAUUGCCGCCAGGGAUGCCACACGAGCUGAAACUGUGAAGCCCAGCAAGCAAGAAAAGUUGAAGUCCGAGAAGUCCUUGUCGUCACCAGAAUCGGAAAACGUGAAUGAAAGUCAUGCCCAACCAGAGAAAGAUAAUGCAAAGGUAGGGAAACAUCCGAAGAAGAAACGAGAGCGGCAAGGAAGCAAACCAGAAGAAAAGGAAGCCUUGAUCGAUUCAAAGGACUCUAAGGAAACCAAAGAAAAGCAAAAAGGGCCAUCAGACAACAUCUCUAGUAAGGACAAGGAGGAAAAGAAAGACAAGAAAAGGCGCAAGAAGUCGCCGUCAUCAACCACAACAACAGCUGAGCAACAAUCUGAAAAAGCCAGUGAGGACGCGGCAGAGGCUUCCACGCCUCCUAGCAAGAAGAAGCAAAAAAAGAAACGAAAAAGACAAACAGACAAAGCCGAAGAAAAAGAGAACGUUGACAGCAGUCCUAAGGAUGCCAGCAUUGGACAGGACAGUGAAGCGGGAAACAACUUGACAAAGGAUGGUUCUACCGGCAUUGAAGGAAAUGAGGUUUGGAGCAAAAGCAAGAGGAAACGGAUGCGACGACUAAAGGCCAAGCAAAAGAAGCAAGCACAAACAAAAGUGACCGAAAGUGGUCAAAGCCAUACCAUGGAAAAGGAGCGUGAAAAGGCAACAAGCAGUGACAAUCCAAAAGAUUCACAAUCUGCAAAGCAGAAAGGUACUUCAGCUCUCCAAGAAAAAUAUGCUGCGCAGCUUACAGGGUCUCGUUUCCGUGUUCUCAAUGAAGAGCUUUAUACCACCACUUCAGCUACUGCAUUUGAACGAUUCAAGUCGCAACCUGAGCUGUUUGACCAAUACCACGAAGGAUUCCGUCAUCAAGUAGAGUCUUGGCCCUCCAACCCAGUCGAUGCAAUGUACCACUGGAUCACCAAAGAGUAUCCCAAGAACACAUCAUCAAAGGAUCAAACAACGGUGGUGGCCGACUUUGGGUGUGGAGAUGCUGAGCUGGCCAGACGCCUCAUUGAGGUCAAAAGUGACAAAACCAGCACUUGCCCUUUUCAGGUACAUUCUUUUGAUUUGGUGGCCAAGUCAGAUCUGGUCACAGCUUGUGACAUGGCCAAUGUCCCACUCAAGGACAAGUCUGUUGAUGUUGCAAUCUUUUGCUUGGCACUCAUGGGUACCAAUGCCACAGACUUCUUGAUUGAGGCACAUAGAGUCCUGAAGGUGGAUGGCAAGGUCAAAAUUGCGGAGGUCCGGUCGCGGUUUGAAACGACUCAUGCACCUGGGAAGAAGAGCAAGCAGGACACUAAGACAAGCAAUAGAAAGGACAACUACUACAACAACAGCAAUUCUGACGAUGAUCCUCUAAACCUCUUUGUUGAACAGCUCGACCAACUUGGAUUCAAGUGCCAGAAGAUUGAUAGAUCCAACAAAAUGUUUGUCCUGAUGGAACUCAAGAAGAAUGGCAACAAACCAGAUCAGAAAGUGAAUGUCCAAAUCAAACCAUGCAUCUACAAGAGAAGGUAGGAUUGACCCAGUUUCACAGUACCAGUAGGGUUUGUAGACAUAAACUUUUCGAUGGAUUGCUGGCAAAUAGCCUGCCUCUGUAGAACUACUGUAAGGUAGCGAAGUUCUCUAGUUCCACCAGUAGAAUACCUUCCAACUAAACAAUUGCCCUGCU